AUGCCUCUCUUUACGAGAACGAUACAGCCAGUGGCUGUAAGUCGAGUGGAAGUCGACCCUAGUAUACCAAAUGAAUUGGAAUGUGUGACUAAUAACUCUCUAUCCAAUAUUAUCCGACAGUUAAGUGGACUCAGCAAGUAUGCCGAGGAUAUGUUUAUGGAACUGUCCCAGGAGGCCAGCAAUGUGUUAACUCGUUCAAGCAGUUUACAGCAUCGAAUUGAUAAUUUACGUGAUAAAGUCACUCAAUUGAAUGCUACAGUAGAAGAAGUUUCACUGCAAGAUAUACAUUUACGGAAACCUUUCAAGAGUUCCAUAGCAAAAGAACAACAAGUGAUAUCUCGUAAUACAGUUCCCAGAGCUAUAUUAGAAAGUUACACUCAUUGUACACAACCUCCAGCAUUAGAUAAACUUAAUCAAUUUAGGGAGGAUGGAAAAGACAGCAUGAAAUUUUACACAGAUCCAGGUUACUUCUUUGAAUUAUGGGUUGCAGAAAUGGAAAAAGACUUUAAAGAUAAAAAAGAAUAUUUGCACAAGANACGUCAAAGACGGGUAAGGUUAACAUUUAUCAUUGCUGACUGGUGA